ACGACCCGGAAGCUGUCGCCGGCUGGCGGCCAGCCGGCGGCUGUGAUCGCUUUGGGGCUGCGGAACGCAGUCGCCUGGGCUGCCGGAGCUUGCUGCGGCUCCUGACCGCGAAGGUCGGAAAGAACCCCCCAUGAGUCCGCACCAGACAGGGGCGCAGUCUGGGCACGCGGCCCCCGGCGACGUGUGAUCAGAUCUGCCGGCCGCUUCGGCGGCGUUCGUAAGUGUCCGUGGGCCGCGCGGGCUGCGAAGAGACUCUCCGCCUGGGACAUGAGGAAGGCCGUCAAGCCUUCCUCGUCUCGAUUGGGAGAGACUGGUUGGUGGUCUGUGAUUACAGCAGCGAGCGGGAGAAGCCGGGCGUUCUCGCUUUGCAGUGCCUGUAGUACCGAGGGUCCAGAGUUCACUCACUAGCACCCGGGCUUAGUUCUUCUCUGGGACAGUUCAUGCUCUCACUCCUGUCACCAAAGUGAAACAGGAGGCCGUCCUCUGUGGAAACCACCUGUUCUUUCAGCCAUGAAGGCAGGAACGGCGACCCCUCCCCAGGAGAACACCCCUGAGUCCGGCUGUGUCUUCGGUAGUCUAUGGAGUAGCCGGAAGCUGAUGGUUGUGGGGGUCUUGCUGGGCUGGCUACUUGUCAUCCACCUGCUGGUGAACAUGUGGCUUCUGAUCCUUCUGUGUGCAUCGUUGGUGGUGCUCGGAGGAUGGCUCGGCUCCAGUGCCAUUGCAGGGGCUUCGGGCCAAUUGCACCUGGAACGAUUCAUCACGGUCAACACCUGCCCGCCAUGCCCCGAAGCAGAAAGGCAGCUGGACCAUGAGAUUAACUGCACCAUCCAGAUGAUAAUCCGAGACUUUGUGUUGUCCUGGUAUCGUUCGGUGAGCCAGGAGCCAGCAUUCGAGGCAGAGAUGGAGGCAGCCAUGAAGGGGUUGGUUCAGGAGCUCCGAAGGCGGAUGAGCGUGGUGGACAGCCAUGCGCUUACCCAGAAGGUUCUGACUCUCUGUGGCUGUCACCUGCAGAGCUACAUUCAAGCAAAGGAGACCACUGCAAGGGAGCAGAGCGAUUCAGGUCAUCCCUCCCAGCUGUGGGAUGCUUACUGCCGGGCUACUACCCCCCAUCCUGCCAUGCACAGUCCCACCACCGAGAUGGCCUAUGCACGUGGCAUUGUGAGUUUGUUACUUCAAGAGUUAGUGCCCAAGCCCCACCUGGAGACCAGAACUGGACGCCAUGUAGUAGCUGAACUUGUUACUUGCAAUGUAAUCUUACCACUCAUCAGUAGGCUAUCAGACCCUGACUGGAUCCACCUUAUACUUGUGAGUAUCUUUUCCAAGUAUAGACAUGAUGCAGCCCAAGGAACUAAACCCCCCUGCUCAGCCAGUGUCCUAGAGCAGUCCUCAGUGCCCACGUCUCUGCCACUGAUUGUUGAAGUAGAGAGUCUGCCGAUAGGAAAAGUGCCUUCUCCACUAGCCGUCCCAGUACACAUAACCUGCAGUGAGCCAGCCCCCUCCCCAGAGGUCGAAGAAGGCCACGAAGCAGUAGAGGGAGAUUUGACUGAGAUGCUUGAAGAAAGAAAAGGAGGAAAUAACGCGUCCCAUUUUCUACAGCCGGAUAUUCGAGGCCCCUUAUUCUUAUGUGAAGACUCUGAGCUGGAAUCACCGCUGUCCGAACUGGGCAAAGAAACCAUCAUGCUCAUGACCCCUGGCAACUUCCUCUCCGACAGGAUUCAGGAUGCCCUGUGUGCCCUAGAGGAUUCCCGGGCUCUGGAGCCUAAGGAUGGUGAGGGGUCCGAAGGUCUGGAAGGAGCAGAAGCCGAGGAAGCCCCAGGAACAGACCCAGACACAGGCCUGCUGGUCUCCAUGCUUAACUGCCCAGAGAUCCAGAUUGACACAGCAGACAAGGAUGCAGAGCAAGAAGACGUCACCUCUCUGACACCUUUGCCAGAGGAGCCAGAAAACCCCUGCCCCCCACGGCCCUCAUGCUUGGAAAAGGAUGUCACCAGUGGUGUGAGCUCCCUUGAUCCGACUCUGCCACCAGCCCCACUUUCUUCAUCUCCACCUGGUCCCCUCAGCUCAGCCACCUUCAGCUUUGAGCCCCUCAACAGUCCAGAUGGCCCGGUUGUCAUCCAGAACCUUCGGAUCACUGGCACCAUCACUGCCCGAGAGCACAGUGGUACUGGAUUCCACCCAUACACGCUGUAUACUGUGAAGUAUGAGACAGCCCUUAAUGCCGAGAACAGCAGCGGCCUACAGCAGCUGGCCUACCACACCGUGAACCGCCGCUACCGGGAGUUCUUGAAUCUGCAGACUCGCCUGGAGGAGAAACCAGAUCUACGAAAGUUUAUCAAAAAUAUAAAGGGUCCAAAAAAGCUCUUUCCAGAUCUUCCAUUUGGAAACAUGGAUAGUGACAGAGUAGAAGCUCGGAAGAGCCUCCUGGAGUCCUUCCUGAAGCAACUCUGUGCCAUUCCUGAGAUUGCCAACAGCGAGGAGGUGCAGGAGUUCCUUGCACUAAAUACAGACGCUCGGAUUGCCUUUGUCAAAAAGCCGUUCAUGGUUUCUAGAAUAGACAAGAUGGUGGUGAGUGCUAUUGUGGAUACCUUGAAGACAGCGUUCCCUCGCUCUGAACCCCAGAGCCCCACAGAGGAGCUGAGUGAAGCCGAGAAUGAAAGCAAGCCACAGACAGAAGGCAAGAAGGCUGGCAAGUCCAGACUGAGGUUUUCAUCCAGUAAAAUUGCUCCUGCACUGAGUAUAACAGAGGCACAGGACAGGGUUCUCUACUCUCUCCAGGAAGGCAAUUCGGAGUCAGAGAUCCUGUCCAUGUCUGGGAUGGAAUCCUUCAUUGUAAAGCAGACAAAGUUACUGGAAAUGCAGCCAGAAGAAGAGCCAGAUAAAGAUCCCCAGCAAGCCCCCAAAGAAUGUGUGGAUAGUUGCUUGCUGGGUACAGCCAUAGAAGCCCAAGAGCUCAAAAGCAGUGGCCCCGGAACAGAGACAGAGUUAGCCGACACAGCCUUGGAUCUGAUCCUGCUACUGUUAAUGGAGCAGUGGAAAUGGCUGUGUACUGAAAGCAUGCACAAGUUCCUCCGCCUUAUUUUUGGAACUCUAGUUCAAAGGUGGCUAGAAGUACAGGUGGCUAAUCUAACAUGUCCCCAACGCUGGGUGCAGUACCUCCGGCUUCUUCGGGAAUCUAUCUGGCCUGGUGGAGUGUUGCCCAAGUUUCCACGGCCUGGAAGGACUCAGGCACAGAAAGCAGCUACUGAGAAGCAGGCUUUGCAGAGCUUGAUGAGUAUCCUGCCAGAUUUUUUAGUAGAAAUCCUGGGGGUGAACAAGUGCCGGCUGAGCUGGAGUCUAGUCUUGGAAUCAUUCCAGCAACCCCUAAUCAACAGACAUUUGAUUUACUGUCUUGGAGACAUCAUCCUGGAGUUCUUGGACCUUGGUGCCUCUGUUAAAGAACCUGUCCCAGCCACCUCUGCCUCAGACUCCCCAGGCAACCUCAAGAGAAUGGCAACCUCUACUUAGAUCAUUCACACAGUCUUCAAAGGCUUGAAAAAGAGAGCUUUUCAACCACCCAGAGACUGAUUAAGAUGCCUGUGCCCUCUGGAGCUAGGCUACCUUAGCUGGCCUCCAUCUCAGUGGCUCAGUUCUCCUUCAGGUCUCCUUUAGUAACAGGUGAUGGGGAUAUAGAGCCCAAUUGCAUACAUAUGUGUUUCCAUAGUCUUAUGGCAUGUGGACUGCUGCUGGUGAGGAGGUCUUGUUUCUUUGGGAAAGGAAAUUAUGAAGCAGAGGUUUCUCCUUUGCAUUCUUCUCAGCAUCAUGGUUUGCCAACAGCAUGGCUCUGUGCAUGCAUACACCUAAUCCACAUAUGCACAAGCAUUGGGUAAUAUAAGAGAAAAACUAUAGCCAGAUUUCCUGAAAGGAGAAAUAGCCUCCUGAGCUCUCUUUUCCCACCUGGAAACUAAACAUUCAUUCAGGAGCACUCCCUCACCCUACCUAGUUCCACAGCAGUUCCAGAAGAGGUAAGGAAAGUGUGUCUCAAGGGACUUCUUGCUCUCUGGCUAUUUUCUUACACAGCGGCCCUCUAGAGGAUGUCAGGAAUGUUGCUUCCUCAGCUGGCUAUACUUUUCCUGUCCCGAAGGUUUCAAAGCACACUAUCAAACUUGUGGUAAAUCCACCCCACCCUUCAUACCCUUUCCUGCAAGGGAUUACACCACAGAGUUUCUUAACUCUCCUCUCAUCUCCUACCUAAGAGCACAUGAGUUUUGGAUUUGUAAGUUUGCCUCUGUCUUAACAGAAUUACACAACAAGUUAGAUAUUCAGCCUCAGUGUUUCCAGUGAGAAAGGAAAGUACUUGUUCCAUGGCUGAGGGUGUACAAAGGAUAGAAGUAGGGAGGCUAAGUGGAAAUCCUUUCAUAAGACUUUGGCAAUAACUCUUUAUUCUGAACACAUAAUGUAGCAAACUUACAGGAUAUAGAUUUUACUUCCAGAUCCCUAAAGGUUGAAUUUCUUAUGAGCCCAGUGAUAAAAGCAGUAGUGCCCUAUGCCCAUUGAAAACACGGAACAACUCAGAGGAACCUUUAGAAGAAAGAGUUGGAGGGAAAGUCACAAGGGAAAGGCUGCUCCCAGGAAACGCAUGAGUUGCUGGCAUUCACAUGGUACCAGUAGGAGAACAUAGUCAACCCCCAGCUCAUUAGUGUCUGUGUAGCUCUAGUCCGAAUUUCCCUGAACUACAGGAUCCACAUGGAAGGGAGUCUUGAAGGAAGACUGGUGAGAAUGGGGUGAAGCAUCAAGAGCCAGCAUCACGAUUUUCCAGACUCUGAAGUAUGUGAUGAGCACACAAUUAAAGUUGUUAAUAGAAAAAGGUUGUGAAAUCGUUGCUCUCCUGCCCUGAGAGGCUCGUAAGCAUACAUCACCCUCUGAUGUGACUGAGAGGCUUAAGAUGCUGCUCUUGCCAAAAGGCAAGAGGUGAAUGAGCUAAAGUUUCAUGGCCUCGUCUGGCCUUGAAGCAUGACUUGAUGGCUCCAAAGUUCUUGAAGUAUCCCCUUCUCUUGGCCCUCAGAGGCAGAGGUAACUCUAUAUGCUGUACUCUGAGUGCCUCCCAAGGUAUGGUUCCAGGGGACACCUGGGAUCUGCUCCUGCAGUAAGGACCACUUUAUUCUCUUUUGGUAGAGUGAGAAAUCCCGAUCUCUUGAACUCUUCUCUCCCCACAUCCACCCUCCACAUAUCCAUAGCCACCUAUGUCACUUUGAAUCUGUGUACACAUGUACUGGUAACCCAGAACAUCAUGAGUUCCCUAUGGCAGUGAAGUCCAAGGGAUCUUUUCAUGCCUGCUGCCCAGAGAACUUCCUUACAUUUGAUUUUAUGUACAAGACCCCAUUUUUACUCAACCUGCCCCCAAAAGGUAAGCUAUCCACAAGAGGAAAAUGGUAAAGAUAACCAGGGAGAUCAUCAAAACACAUCUGGCUUUGGGAAAGACCUGCCAAGUUUGAGUAGCAUGUUCAGACCACGUAAUCAUCAGCAUUUGGGAGUGUCAGGAUGAUGCUCUAGGUUGGGAGAAUGAAAAACUGAGCCCACACUGAUCUGCUGCUUUUCUCUCCUUUUUGUUUGUUUAUUUACUCUGGCUCUCUUUGUGAUAAAUUUACUUGUUUAAUUCAAAAUAUUAAUAUCUGAAAUAAGACCAACACCCUUUCUGCCUUGAUUGUAGAUCUAGAAAAAGAUGAAGGAUGGGAGGAUACUGUCAAACUCUAAAUGUGAUCCUUGCCAUUAUUUAUUAAAGUUCAAGAAAGCUGUAUUUAAUUAUAUAAUGCUAUAUAGCUAUAAUAGUCCACAAUUUUUGUUUUCAAGAUUCUGGAUUAAGUAUGACAGAACUUAGAAGUAAAAUGCACUCCUAGAUCCAAGCAUAAGAAAAUACUCAAAUUUAAUAUUAACAGAAGUAACCCUGACUUCCCUUUUGAAGUUUCCAAUAUACUAUGAUUUUUUGUUAUAAGAGUACCAUGGAAGGCCGGGUGGUGGUGACCCAUGCCUUUAAUCCCAGCACUCGGGAGGCAGAGGCAGGCGGAUCUCUGUUAGUUCGAGGCCAGCAUGGUCUACUGAGUGAGUUCCAGGACACUCUCCAAAACAAUACAGAGAAACCCUGUCUUGAAAAACCAAAAAAAAAAAAAAAAAAGUGCCAUGGAGUUUUGCCUUUAAACACUGUUGUACACCACAUCUCUAGAAGGUUUCCAUCAUACAUAAUAACUAUAACUUUAUACUCAGUGAAAAGCAAUCUCUCCUGUCCCCUGCAGGGUGGUGGUAGUAGACUGGAUGGUCACCCAUUCCACUUUCUGUGUAUGUGAAUCACACUUGCAGUGUGUGCCCCAUGACUGGCUUAUUUCAAUUAGCAUUAUGGUUUCUGGUUCGUCUUUGUUGCAGCAUGUGAAAAUGCUCUUUUAGACUCAGCAGUUCUGUUUUAUGGAUAUACCACAUUUUCUUCAUCUAUUUUCCAGAGGUGGACAUCUAGGCUGUUUUCAUUUCUUGGUUAAUGUGAACACAAUGGGAAAUGGCAGUGCAAGCAUUUCUGUGGAACCCUGCAUUCAAUACUUUUAAAGUACCCAAAAGUAAGAUUGCAAGGCUAUAUAAUCAUUGCAUUUUACUUUUUGACUAAAAUUACUGUUCUGUGUAGCAGCUGCAUUUCUACCAAUAGUGCACAGAGGUUCCAAUGUCUGAGGUGCAUGCACUCACACGUUUAGUAAUGCCUCCUUCACACAUGCGGGGUGCUGCUUCACUGUGGUUUUGAAUCCAGACCUUCUAGAGUCCUGCUUUGCCUUGCUUGACCCAUUCAUUUCUUCCUUUGCUCUCAGCACCUAAGAGUUGUUGGGUCCUAGGUGGGGUGACAGUGUGUAAAUGUGUGGCUGUAUGAGCUAGAGUAUUGUGGACAGGAUUAAGUUGCUAGGAACAUGUGUUUUCUUCCACAAAGGCACUGCAUAAGUAAAUGAGUCCCAGGGGUUCAUUGAUUCAACAACUUUGGGACAUCACAAGACCUGUUUUUGUUAGAGUUGUUGUUUGUUGUUCUGCUCUUGUGUCCUAAACAUUUUAGGUCUGUCCUGAGACAACCCCCCCCCCAUCCAUGCUUACUGUGCUUCCUGACAACUCAUCCAGACUGACUGUCUGAAAGGUAGGGCAUCUCUUUCAAAGAAUGAGGGAUCCAUCCAGGGACCCCUCCAGGAAUCUUCUUACUCAUUGCCCCCACCCACAAUGCUAGAUCAAUCACAUUAUGAAUGGUUGGCUUGCAGUAGUACUUACUCCCAAGGAUAUGACAACUAUUAAAUGAAGGUCAGACAAAUAAAAGAACAAUUUAUUAAGGAA